AUGUCGUCGCCGCUGCCGGAUUUCUGUUCGUCCCAAUUUUCCAUUACCUCGCCACGCCGCAUCCCCAAAUCCAAGUUUACGUAUAAACAACUACACCAACUCAAGUCCUACAGCCCACAGACACCUCUUCGCGUAAUCGCACAUGUCGACCUCGACGCCUUUUACGCCCAGUGCGAAACCGUUCGUCUGGGUAUCGAUCCCUCCAAGCCCCUCGCUGUGCAACAAUGGCAGGGGCUCAUAGCAAUCAACUACCCCGCGCGCGAAUUCGGGCUAAGUCGACAUGUCACAUCCACCGAAGCACUGAAGCAAUGUCCCGAUCUCAUACUACAACACGUCGCGACAUGGAAAGAAGGCGACGAGAACUGGGCGUACCAUGAAAACAGUUUCCGAGACAUGGCAACGCACAAAGUCAGCCUGGACCCAUAUCGCAAGGAGAGCCGCAAGAUUCUCAAAUGCAUCAAGGACAUGUUGCCAGAGAAGGAACAGCGUGUGGAGAAAGCGAGCAUUGACGAAGUCUUUAUGGACUUGAGCGCGCAGGUACAUACUAUACUUUUGGAGAGAUACCCCGAGUUGCGAGGGCCGGCGCCGUACGACGAUCCGACAGAGCCACUGCCAAAGGUGCCAACAACGGUGCUAGACUGGGCCGCUGAUGCGCUUGUGGAGACGGGUGAGGAAGAUGGAGAGGACAGAGACCCGGAUUGGGAUGAUGUGUGCAUGGCAAUUGCAUCCGAAAUCGUUCGGGACGUAAGGAAGCACAUCAAAGAUGCACUUGGAUAUACGUGUUCUGGCGGUGUGGCUAGAAAUAAGAUGCUUGCAAAGUUGGGCUCAGGAUACAAGAAGCCAAACCAACAGACCGUCAUACGGAACCGCGCGGUCAAACAUUUCCUAUCGGACAUGAAGUUUACCAAGAUUCGAAUGCUCGGAGGAAAGCUAGGAGAUGAGGUUGUUUCCAUUUUUGGCACGGACAAGGUUAAAGACCUCAUUGAGCAACCCUUGGAUCAAUUGAAAAAGCUGGGUGACGACACAGGCAGCUGGUUGUACUCUAUCAUCCGAGGCGAGGACAAUAGCGAGGUCAAUCCACGUACACAGAUCAAAAGUAUGCUUUCGGCAAAGUCGUUUCGGCCAUCAAUCAAUUCCUUUGAGCAAGGUGUCCGAUGGCUGCGCAUCUUUGUUGCAGACAUUUUCUCAAGAUGUGUGGAGGAAGGCGUGCUAGAGAACAAGCGACGACCCAAGAGUAUCAACCUCCACCAUCGACAAGGCACCCAAACGCGAAGUCGCCAAGCACCGAUUCCUCAGGGCAAGCCUCUGUCUGAAGCAAUCUUGUUUGACCUGGCAAAGAAUCUGUUGGCACAAACGGUUGUUGAUGGGCGCGCCUGGCCUUGCUCGAACCUUUCACUAAGUGUCGGUGGUUUCGAAGACGGCAUCACAAACAACAAAGGCAUUGGCGGCUUCUUGGUGCGGGGCGAGGAAGCAAAAGCCAUGAUGUCAACGGGUAGAGUGACGAGCAGUAGCAGCGAGCCACCCGCAAAGCGAAGACGAACAAAAGGCAACAUUGCGAAUUUCUUUGGUCCGCGGGACGACAAGAAGAAGGAUUUUGACGCGGCGAGAGCAGUGCUUUUGAAAACACAUGCCGAGUCCACAAAAGACGAGUCAGAAGAGGACAUGGAUGUACAAGAGGAUGACGAUGUGCUAUUUGCUGGAGACGGCGAUGGAUUCGAAAGACCGUCCAUACCUCGUCUGAACAGGCAUAGCUCGCAUGGUGAUGAUAUCCAUCACCCAAACACUCCUCCGUCAGCCCAACCGCAAUCCAUCUCGAAUUCUCCGCCUCCACACCAACGCAAUGAAGCACAAACACCAGCUCCACGGCCAAAUCUUCCUGCUCAGCAAAAAACUAUAGACACGUUUUUCUGUCCCAGGUGCAACAUCUACCUGCCGGCCAGCGAGAGGCCCGAGCAUGAAGAUUACCACUUUGCACUGGACUUGUCACGAGAGAUGCGGCAAGAAGACCGGACGGCAGUGUUGCCGCCUUCUGGUGCCGCGGGUGGGAAAAGAGGCGCGAGUGCUUCGAAACCGUCGCGAGGACGUGGAAGGCCACCCGGUGGUAGUAGUGUGGAAAAAGGACAAGCCAAGUUAGCUUUUGGCAAGAGUACAUGA